AAACGCCACCAGGUAGCAUUGUAACCAAUAUGGCCACUACGAGAGAGAGCAAUUUGAGUGCUCUUUAUGUUGAAUUAAAUCGUUUUGGACAGAAUGGAGAAUACGAGAGGGCUUUAAAAACAGCUAAUAAAAUACUCCAACAGUUUCCCGACGAAGAAAAGGCAUUUCACUGCAAGAUUGUUUGCUUUAUACAGUUAUCAAGAUUCCAGGAUGGGCUUAAGGCUAUUUUAAAUCAACCAAAACUGUCAUCGGAAUUGGUGUUUGAAAAAGCUUACUGUCAGUAUAGGCUAAACCUGCCGCAGGAUGCUCUAAAGACACUGAACACCGCAGCUUCUUUAUCACUGAAACUGAAAGAACUGAAAGCACAAAUCCUGUACCGGCUUGAAAGGUAUGAAGAAUGUUUUGAUGUGUACCGAGAUAUAAUUAAGAACAGCACUGAUGAGUAUGAGGACGAGAGAGAAACUAAUCUCACUGCAGUGGUAGCAAAUCUGUGUAUUGAAGGAUCGAAUCGAGAGAUUCCUCAGUUACGGGAACAUACGUAUGAGUUAGCAUACAAUAGCUCAUGUCAGCUGGUAGGACAAAACCAGUACACGGAGGCUGAGAAGAAAUUAAAACUCAGCGAGAGACUUUGCCGAGAAUCUUUAGAAGAGGACGCUACAGAAGAAGAAAUCGAAGAUGAACUGGGCAUAAUCAAGGUGCAGCUGGCGUACUGCCUUCAGAUGCUGGGUCGAGAAAAGGAAGCUCAGUCCAUCUACACAGCAGCUUUGAAACAAAAGCCAAAUGAUGCCGGCUUAGUGGCUAUUGCAAGUAAUAAUAUGGUCGUCAUCAACAAGGAUCAGAAUGUAUUUGAUUCUAAAAAGAAGAUGAAGAACGCCACUUUGGAGGGACUGGAACAUAAGUUGACGUCGCGCCAACGCAAGUACAUAGCCUUAAACCACUGUCUGCUUGCCCUCUACACCAACCAGGGUGAACAGUGUCAGCAGAUGUGUGAGAACCUCGUGGUAACAUACCCCGACAUGGGCGCGGAGGCAGCUCUCAUCAGGGCUGUCCAACUCACAAAGGAUGGAAAGGCUAGAGAAGCUGCAGCACUCUUAGAUGAAGAGUCAAAGCAACAUCAGGAGAAGAAACUGGAAAUGAAACUUGCAGCGGCUCAGCUUCUGCUAGCUGAGGGUGACAGGAAAGAGGCUUGUCAGAUUCUACAAAAUUUAGGUGAAGCCACAUUCAAACCGGGCAUCAUUAGUGCAUUAGUUACACUUUAUUUAGCAGAUGGAAGCCGUGACAGUGCCUCCAAGGUUCUUAAAGAUGCUGUUGAUUGGUACCGUAAGAACAAGGUCAGCACAGGAGAUCUGGGCACGCUGUGGCGCCAGGCAGCGGACUUCCACCUGCGAGGGGGUGAGCCAGAUGUGGCUGCCAAGAGUCUGGAGGAGUUGCUAAGAAUCAACCCAGGUGACAGAAAGACAUUGGCCCAAUUGGUUGUGGCAUAUGCUCAAUUUGAUCCUAAAAAAGCCCAAGCCCUCAGCAAACAGCUGCCACAACUGGACUUCACUCAGGCGACAGAUGUGGAUGCCUUAGAAACGUCCAGCUGGAUGAUGGGACCCAAGGUUAUCAAGAAGACUGUGGCCAAAGUGGAGCCUUCUCCUAGCUCAAAGCCAGGAACACCAGGCAAUGAAUUAAUUCAAAAGAAGAAAGCAAAACGUAAACGAAAGGGCAAGUUACCCAAGAAUUAUGACCCAAAUGUAACACCUGAUCCAGAACGUUGGUUACCAAGACAUGAGAGGACAGGUUACCGUAGGAAGAAGGACCGUCGCACCAACAAAGACGUUGGAAAGGGUACCCAGGGAGCAGCAACUGGCAUUAGUGACCAAUAUGACAUAACAAAGAUGCAACGUCAACAGUCAAAGGCCUCUCCCAAUCCUAACAGUCCAGUCCAACCAGAAAGCACUGGUCCAAGACAGCAACAGCGUAAAGUUCAGCAGAAGAAGAAGAAAAAGGGUGGAAAGUGGUAGACACAAGAAACUGAAGUCCAACACUGCCAGCAAUGCACAGUAACUGUGUCUCAGUAUUGAAACUGUAUGGUUCUCACAUCACCAUUUAAGGUUCAUAGUUCACAGAUGAAUGACUACCAGAUUUGAGGUGUUGAUACAACAGAGCAAUAACUCUUCUGUGAACCUAACUAGUUAUUGAUGAACAGACACUUAUUUAAAAACUGAAUGGCUAAAAUCACUUGUACACAAAAAUAUUAAAAAUAUGAGUAUCCUGGCAAUCACUUAA